AUGGAUUUCAUGAUUUCACAUUUUUGCGACGAAGAAAAUCAUCCCGCUGUUUAUAAAAAUACAAGGUUGGUUGUUUUGUAAAUGCAUUUUCUUUCUUUAAAAAAAAAUUUAAGGAAAAGGUCAAUACAAGACGGAGCGUUCGCUCCCAUGGUUUCGGGAAAUGCUGAGAUCGGCUCUGACUCGGAAAAUCGUCUGCCGCCAGAAAUGGAACUUGGAAAUAUUGAGUACAAAGUUUGUUUAAUUUUUUUGUGACUAAAGUGUUGUCGAACAAAUCCUUGCUGCGCAGUAUUCGAAAAAAGAGCCUAUAAUUUAGUGGGGAAUACAAUUUUACGGCAAUUACCAAUUUUUUUUUUGAAGAGAAAGGUAUUUUGCAAAUUCUUUGAGUUAUACUUAUAAUUUCAAUGGAUAUCAACGUAUAUAUUUAAAUUCAAGGGUUCGCUGACAUCUUUGCAAUCUAUGGUACUAUCGUAAACUAAAAGUUGAUGAAGAUUGAACUGAAAUAUGGCGUUGUUACAGGCAAAGCUCGUAAACCCAUCUUUGCCACGACUAGAGCACCUCAUCACCCAGAUGAAAUGGCGGCUGAGGGAAGGACAGGGCGAAGCAAUCUACGAAGUUUCUUUCUAUUUUCGUACACCAGGAAUUGGAACGUUUUCAGGUUGGAGUGGAAGAUGGUGGCCAAAUGAGCGGGCUUUCGGAUUUGGAACUCAAAGAAUCCAUUUUCACAUUGAAAAACAAUGGCCGAUUCCUUGAAUGCCAGCAUGGUCAUUGUCCGUUCUUGACCUUUGAUUAAUAUUCUCAAUGUUUUCCAUUUAAGUUGACCGAGAAGGACGUGACUCCAAAAGGCAGCACUGCACGUCGUACUGUCGUCGAAGUUCUCGUACGGAAAGUUCCGGAGAGCCAGCAAUUCAUCGAACUCAGGUAACCUUCAUCACCUUUGUCGACUGUGAAAAGCCCUAAAUCGCGGCCUAAAAUGACAUGAGUUUGAAAAUUUAGAGAAAUCCAUCGGAUCUCUAUUUUCGUCUUCAAAAACACACAUAAUCUGUUUUCAACCGUUUAUCAAUAUUCCCAUCAAAGACUUUAAAAUAGAUUACCUUUCAAUUUUUUUCAUUUUUUUUUUUGUUCUAAUUCACACAGUUUAAGAAAGGGAAAAAAUUGUUUAUGUCACAAAAAUAAGUUUUUCGUAAAUGGAAUAAGCACCUAUUUUGUUUCGGUUUUGAUAUUUUUCGCUGCAGAUUAGCAGUUCUCGGGGGCUUGGAUGUCGGGAAAUCGACGCUUUGCGGAGUUUUGACACAAGGUUCUCUAGAUGAUGGAAACGGAAAAACCCGACUCAACCUGUUCAGGUAACCAUUCCAUUUAAUUUGUCAGAGUUUUUCAUUCAUCCAAAAUUUUAUUGUAAUAUUAUCCAAUUUGAGAGACUUGUGCUGCAGAAGAUGUAGUUUUCGUAAAGAAAAAACUCAAGUUUUGGUUGAAAAGUUUGAAACUUAUGAAUGGCUACCCUUUCUGAAAAAAAGCCAUAAUCAUGGAAUCAAAAAAUUUAGCUUAUGUUUUUUUUUACAAAUAUGAUGAUUUAAAUAAAGCUCUGGAAGAAUGAUGAAAUUUCAGGUAUCCUCAUGAGGUACGAACAGGAAAAACGAGCUCAAUCUGCUUGGACGUCAUUGGCUUUGACAAUAAGGGGAAGGUAUUUUUGGAAUAUUUUGAUUGAUCAAAACUUCAUCGAUAAAUCAUUUUUUUGUUUCACGAAAACGUUGAUGGGAAAACGUUUUUGUUGAUUUCGAAUCAGAAAAGGGAAUUUGCAGUUGAUAAACUAUGCGAAGAACACACUGGAAGAGCUGGUGGAGAAGUCGAGCAAGCUGGUGACGCUCAUCGACUUGGCCGGAGACUCCAAGUACCUGAAAACGACGAUCCACGGCCUCUCCGGCUACAGUCCCCACUUCUCUUGUCUGUUCGUCUCUUUUCUUUUCGAAAUCCCUUUUUCAUUUCUAUACUGGAAACAAAGCUUCUUUCAGGUUGGUUUCCGCUGAAACCGGUCCGACAGCCACGACACGCGAACACUUGGGCCUCAUCGCGGCUUUGAACAUCCCUCUUUUUGUCGUUGUCACCAAAAUAGAUCUUGUCGACAAGGAAACCCUUAGCGGGUAAUUUUCAUGUUUUGUUCAGGGUAGAAAGUUUUUUUUUUCCUUUUCAGAGUUCUGAGAAAUGUGCGUACUUUGCUCUCUCGGGCUGGCAUGACCUCGCAUGGGAAGAUGUUGAAAACCACAAGGGACGUUGUUAGGUUCGUUUAUUUCUUGUUUAAAUUUCUGUUUUCAUGGAGAAAAAAGUUGCUAUCAGUUUACAAGUACAUAUAUUUACACUGCCAUUCAGAUUAUCAUGACAUUUAUACAUGUAGUAGUGGAAUUAGACAGGAAUUUGUUUUUAAGCAAUAAAUUAUCGUGACUUUUAUCGGAAAAGUACAAAAUGUUUUCAUGAAGAUUUUAAGGCGAAAAGCCGUUUUUAUUCGACCAACUUGUAAUUUUGAGGACCUCAAAAUGAUAAAUGUUUGUUAAAAAAGGAAUAAAUUGAUGCGAUUGAUUGUUUUCACACACUCAAUUGUUUUGAAUUUUCGCGAAAGAAAAAAGACUUCGAAAUAAAAAUUUCAUAAUUUUCUAGUCUACUUGCAAGAAUGACCAGUCGUGAUGGUCUGAAGAAAAGAGAUUUCUUGAUUUGGACGGCUCUUAAAAAAAAAAUCUAAUCCAAAACUUUUUCUGGAAAAAAAUGAUUUAGGCGCAGACUUGUUCUGCGCCAUUUGGGUUUAGGAUGAGUUGGAUUUAAAAGUUGCAGAGCGGCUCAAAAACUGCAAACGAGCUCGAUUGUGCCGAUUCUGAGCGUUUCUUCGGUGACUGGGGAAGGGUUCCGUCUUCUGAGAACGCUGCUCAACCUUCUGUCGACCGCCGGCACCAGCGAAUCUCGACUCCAACUCGCCUCGGAGCCCGCACAUUUCUCCAUCGAAGAACUCUACAACGUCCCUCAUGUCCGUUUCAAGUCACUCAGUCCUCAGAAUCACCACAUUUUCCAGGUAGGAACUGUGGUCGGCGGAAUGUUGGCCGAGGGACAGCUCCCGGAAGGGGCCGAUGUCUUGGUCGGCCCCAUGAAAGACGGAUCCUUCGCCAAAGUUCAUCCCGUUUCAAAUGAAAGGAAAGUUAAGACUGUGUUCAGACGAAAAUCGGCUCGAUCUACCGUUGCAAGCAGCCCAUCCGAUGCGUGUUUCCUGGCGAAGUCGCUUCCAUCGCGUUGACUCUUCCCCCGAACGUCGUCUUGAGAAGGGUUCGUCGCUAGAUUUCGUUUUGUAAAGGCUGAAAAAUUGUUUCAGCAUGAUAAAUUGGGAGAAAAUUCCAUUUUUGUUAAUCUAAGAACUUUUUGUUUUGAAACAAUCUAUUUUAUAUCUCAUUUGGUCAGCUUUUUUUUUAGAAAAACAGCAGAUGUGUUCAGGGAGUUAAUACCCUUGAUAUCUACUGCAGAAGAAGGAUAGUUUUUUUUUGAUGAAGUUGUUUCGAUUGCUAUUAUAUUCGGAGAUUGCAAUUUUUGGAAUAUUUUGAACAAUAGGCUUAAUUUGACUAAAGAAAAUGGUUUAAGAUCUGAAACUAUCAGUUUUGAACCCGAAUUUUUUUCAAAGGACUUCAUUUAUUUUUUCUAGGGAAUGGUACUGACAUCAAAUGCCGUCCCUCCGAUGGUUUGCCACCGAUUCGUGGCCAAUCUUUUCCUCCUGUACAGUUCGACUCGAGUUUCUGAGGGAUUCCAAGCCACAGGUUCGUUCGGACCUCGUUCUUUUUUCGAUGGCUUCAUUUUCAGUUUACAUCGGCUCAGUCUGCCAGACGGCGACCGUGUGCAUGAUCGACGGAACGGCUCUGCAACAAGGCAAAUGGUCUCGAGUGGAACUUCGCUUCGCCUACCAGCCAGAGGCGAUCCGAGCCGGCUGUCCCAUCAUCUUCAGACAGGGCAAAACCAAAGGAAUGGGCGAAGUGAUCGAACUCCUUCCCCAAGACGCCUGA